CGCGUCAUUCCGUGGUAAAAUAGUCCCCGUGGUCACAAGUUAGGCGCAUCAUGUCCAUUGAGUCUCCUGCAGCUACAGGUGGCUUCUCAUGGAGUUCAGGAAGGUGCUCCUCUGCCUCAGACUGCGGGGCAGAGGUGUGAGAGAGGUCGGGGUGCGCACCGACACGUGCGAGGACAGCGGCGUAGAGAUUCCAAGAGUACCCGCGGUCGCGGAGAAGGCGGAGCCGGCGAUUUGAAUCGGGAGGCGGGCGGAGGCGGUGGAGCCGGCGGGGUGGGCUGAACGCGGGCUGAGGUCAGGUUCUAGGCCGCUUGGACACCGGGCUGGGGAGCUGGGGAGCAGAACCUCCCUGACUGACAGCAGAUACUUCAUCAAGCCUAAGCUUCUGAACCCAAGAUCCGGGUUUCAGAAGGCUCGACAACCGCGACUGCAGUCUGCUGCGGAGCUUUCCGGAUAAACCGAGGCGUCGGAGCACUUGAGUUGCGCGUGAGAGAUGGAUACCAAUUUAAAAGCUCAGGAGGACUCUGAAACUAAGGAGUCUACUAUUAAUAAUGCUGAAAAUGUCUCCUUCAUUUUGGGAACUGGAAAGCUGGUGACUCCUCAGAAGCCUGCAGCAGAAUUAACUCCUAAUCUUUGCACACAAGAUCCGUUUAAAUCACCUUUGAACUUUUCCACAGUAACGGUAGAGCAACUGGGAAUUACGCCUGAAAGUUUUGUUAAGAACACUUCAGGCAAAUCAUCAUCGUACCUUAAAAAAUCUAGGCGACGUUCCACAGUUGGUGUUCGGGGCUCUCCUGAAACAAACCAUCUGAUUCGCUUCAUUGCUCAGCAGCGCAGUUUAAAGAAUUCUGAGAGAUCUCGUUUAACACAGGACUCCCCUUAUCAGGGAAGCCCUGUACUGUAUCGAAAUGUUAAUUCAUUAAAAGAGCGAAUAUCUGCCUUCCAGUCGGCUUUUCUGUCUAUAAAGGAAAACGAGAAAAUAGCUGAUUAUCCAGAAUUUUCAGAGGCAAAGGGAACAUUGAAGACAACAGACUUGACCAAAAAGGAAGGUCUUGGUCAAUGUCAGCAGUCUGUGUUUGCUACAAAAUCAUCCUCCAAACGUCGGAGGAUAUCCUUGCAGAGCAACUCUGAUGAAAUACUGACUGGUGCUGGAGGAAAAGUGACUCAUUCCCAGAUACUCAGUAUUGACACAGACAGACUUUAUCAGAUUGGGGAUGUUGAACAUUCUGCAGCUCUUUCUGAGAAAUCAUCUGAAGUUGAUUUAACACAGUCUGGAUGUUUAGUUGAAGCAUCUGUUCCCAUUUCAGCACUCACAGAGGCUUCACAUGGGCUCAAGGGCGCUGGCUGUGUAGAGGGCAAAGAAUCAAAUGAUGCUGUUUCCUUCGACACAUUUACAGCAGAAGGUCAGUCAGACACAGCCUCUGAGGUUGGAGCAGCAGCUACUCCAGUGUGCAAGUACAUUCCAUCCUCAGAGUCCUUCGUACUUCGUUCUGUACUUAAGAAACCCUCUGCUAAGCUGUUGGUAGAGAGCUUACAGGAACAUUGCAGCAACCUCUGUAAUGAUGGAACUCAGCCAAGCUUAAUUACAAAUGUUGCAAACUCUUGCACAGAACAAAAAGCAGAAGAUCAUCAAGAUUUUAAGUCACCGGCCUUUCUAAACAUGAGGAAGAGAAAGAGAGUUACUUUCGGAGAGGAUCUAAGCCCUGAAGUGUUUGAUGAAUCUCUGCCAGCAAAUACUCCAUUGCGCAAAGGAGGAACGCCUGUUUGUAAAAAGGACUGCGGUAGAGCCAGUCCCCUGCAGCUCGAGCAGGCCCCAGUUUCUGAGCCAUUGUCUCAACCAAAUUUCGAUGACAAGGGAGAGAAUCUUGAAAACAUAGAACCACUUCAGGUAUCAUUUGCAGUUCUGAGUCCUAAUAAGUCUUCAAUCACUGAGCCUCUCUCAGGCACUGAUACCUUUAGUUCUCCAAAUAACCACGAGAAAAUACCCUCCAAUAAACUUGGUAGAGUAACACGAACAUCUAGUAGAAGAAAACAAUUGAUCAGUUUUGCAGAAGAGAAUGUUUGCAACUUACUUAAUACUGAGGCUCAGCCUUGUAAAGAAAAGAAAAUGAAUAGGAGGAAGUCUCAAGAAACCAAGGGCACAAAGAGGGCACUUCCUAAAAAGAAUCAGGUUUUAAAAAGUUGCAGAAAGAAGAAGGGAAAGGGAAAGAAGAGUGUUCAGAAGUCUUUAUACGGAGGAAGAGACAUUGCUUCCAAGAAGCCCCUCCUCAGUCCCAUUCCUGAGCUGCCCGAAGUCUCUGAGAUGACACCGUCAGUUCCAGGAAUCCGAAGGAUGUGUUCAGAUUUCAACUCAAUUGGUAAACUUGAACAAGAGAAGCCUCCUAAAAAUCAAGUUAAGAGAAAGAAUCCUUUGCUUCAAAAUCCAGAAGAUUUGAAUAUAGAUCAAGGGUUUGAGAAAUACAUAUCUAAAUUCUGCCGCUCUCACAUAAAAAGUUCAUCGCUUGGUAAUGCUAUUUUUGGUGAUAAAAAUACAAGUACUAUAGAUCUUAAUGAAAAUAAAAAUAUUCCAAAAGCAGAAAAUAAGUUGGAAAGUGAAAAUGAACCACAAAGUGGGAAUGAGAAUGAAAACAGUCCUGUAUCUUACGCUUCUGUGACUGCAGAACACACUAUAUCGGAUAAUGCAAAACCUGAUUUUAACCUACAACGGCAAGAAUUUCCUGCUGCUGAUGGAAACAUGGAAAACCUUAGUCAAAUCGUUAACAUUUCAGAAGAUAAAAAUAUGAAGUGUGAAAAACAGGAUGGCUUAGCUACAGAGGCAGAACUCCACGACAAUUAUUUAAUGUCUGACUCACAAAAAGAAUUUUAUUGUUCAGAUGUCUUAAUUGAAAAUAUAAAAGAAUUUAAAAGCUGCAGUGAGGAUGUAGGAAGGUCCACAGAAAAUAGCAGCAUUGUGAAUCGUAAGAAAUACAGAAGAUGCUCUCUGAAUUAUUCUGACAGUCAAAGUUUACACCUGGGAAAAAAUGGAAAUCACAGCUCUUCCUCCAGCAUGGUGAGCUCUGUAGAUAGUAGUUUAGAAAACUCCGAACUGUAUAGAGAUUUAUCUGACACUAUAGAGCAAAGCUUUCAGAGAGCAAAGAGUGAAACCAAAGUGCGACGUAGCACAAGGCUACAACACAGUUCAGAAAGUGAAGGGCUUGUAUGGAUUUCCCUUCCAUUUCCUGCCACUUCCCAAAAAACCAAAAGGAGAACGAUCUCUACAUUUGACAACAGAGAAGUUGAAAGUUUGUCCCCAAGAAAAGACACUGUGUCCCUCGGGCAAAAAGCCUAUGUGGCACCCUCUGACUCAGGUAGAGAAAACAGCAAGAACCCUGCUCAUUCUAAUUUAUCUAGGAAGAGAAGGAACAGCUUUUGUAUGUCUACACUCACAAAUACUGAAACUGCUACCAAGUCAAUACACUACCGGAGAAACAGUUUUCUCAAGAAGGCCGAAAGCUCCCUGACUGAUUUGGAAAGUAUUGGGCAUAGUGGAGAACUCAAGUAGUAACUGGACGUUUCUGCAGAGCAUUUGACGAGAGGGGAGAUAACCAUCCAUGCAUAACAGAUUCUUCUUGUUCCCAUCCUCUGUUCAACCUCAGUGUUUUAAAUUUUCAAAUAAAUAAAAUCAUUUGAGUUGAAAUCUA